AUGUUCAGCGCAAAGGAACUCUCAACGACCAAGACGGCUUCAUCAAGAAAGCUUGCCGAGACUCUUUCUCGUGCUGGUCUGCUACAAACUCCUUGCGCUGUACGCAAUCCCGACUACCUCGGGAAAAGAAACAUGCCAGACGUCGAGGAAGACAAGUCGGCGGUUUGUGUCUCGAAUACCAGGGCAGAGUUCGCAACAGAUGCGUCGGAGCAGCAGGCUGGCUGCGAUCAAGCUGAGAGCAUCCAGGGCGGAAGAGCUAACCUGAGACCACACGCCAUGUCCGAGGGCUGGAUCAACGAAGAUGAAGAUCCAGCAAGCUUCUCAUUCCAGAACAACGAGGACACAGCGAGUGAUGCAGAUUAUCAACCUCAGAUACGUUCCUCCUCAGCUCUUGUUGCACGCCGAAUCGAAAAGUCUCUCAAGAAGGACAACUCAGGAUCCGAUUCGAGCGAAGAGGAGGAAGAUAAGGAUGAAGAUGUCGCAUUUCUUUCAGUCAUCUCCAAACUCAAUGAAAUUUCGCCGACAAGUUUUAAUGUCAAACUGUACAGGAAGAAGAAGUCUGUUCUAAGAAUAUUCCAAAAGGGAUCUGAUGACAGUGAGGAUGAAACAAAAGACAUGAAACAAUUGUCCAACAGUGUAGUGCAAGUUGCAUACCAAAGUAGACUAAACAAAAUACACGGAGCACAAGAUAAUAGGUAA